AUAUCCUUAAAAACAAUCAUAUAUUUUGAUCAAACUACCAGCAUAAAUCCUAUCUGAUUCGCAUCUAUAUACAAAAAGUUCCUCUUAUUAUUAUUAUUUUCAUUAAACGACGACGAAAAACAAUUGCCUUAGAAUGAAUGUGAAUUUUCAGUUUAAGAAGGAUCACUCCUUCGAGAAGCGGCGAGCAGAGGGCGACAAAAUACGCCGGAAGUAUCCAGACCGCGUGCCAGUCAUCGUGGAAAAGGCGCCGAAGACCCGUCACGCAGCUUUGGACAAGAAGAAGUAUUUGGUGCCCAAUGAUCUAACAGUUGGGCAGUUUUAUUUCCUAAUACGCAAACGUAUAAACUUGCGUCCCGACGACGCCCUCUUCUUCUUCGUAAACAAUGUAAUACCACCAACAUCGGCUUCCAUGGGCUUACUGUACCAUGAACACCGUGAUAAAGACUUUUUCUUGUACAUGGCUUACUCCGAUGAGAAUGUCUACGGGCAGGAACAGUCUCAGAUGUAGUUCAUCAAUACAGCUAAAUUUUCUUUUCGAAUGCCUUCGAAUUUAAAAGUUGUCUGGUUUAUUAGCACAAAUUACAGUCGAUCAAUAAAAUUAGUUAACGACUUAACAAAUACUCCAGAAAUUCACAGAAAUAAGAUUGUCAUUUAGUCAGUAGGUGAAACAAAAUUAAAUUCCGAUAUUAAAGGCAUAAAUGCGUAUAGGUGAACAAAAACAACCGAGUAUUAUUAAUAGAACAAAAUUUGUAUAUCUUAAUCCAUAGCUAAAGCCUGUCAACCAUUUAACCUGAUA